UUGUGCCCUGCCCUCUUGUCUGGUCUGGUCUGGGGUACCGGGGAUCAUGGGCAUACCACAAAGCAAGGACGGGCCUUGUCGAGCGAGUUCGGACCAUCACAUUCCAGCAAGCCGUCUCGGAAGAGAUUAGAUGUUGUUGCAUCACAAACCACAUCUGACAUAUGGGCCAGCCUGCAGAAUACCUCGCGGCGCGCUUCGGCGAUGGGCUUUGCAACUCUUACAAUCACAUUAUUCGCCACGGACAGAGAGGCGCCAAUAAACGGGCGGAGAUAUGGCGACAUUGACCAUCCUGUCCUGUUUUACGGCUGGCUACUGACCCGUCGGGAUGUGUGUGGUGGCUUGCCCAGUCUGGCAGGUCGGGAACGGUGGUUUAGCAGAAAGCGCACCAACGAAUCGCCCAUCGGCCGACUAGUGUCGCUUAGUGGUCUGUCUUUCAAAGCCGACGACGUCAGGUACAAAGUGCCGGCACGAGGCCGGAGGUUCAAAGUUCAACGGCGGGGCAACGCAGCGACAGAUGCCAUGACGCCAAGACAAAUUUUCAUGCCAACGCUCGAUGGGGCUCUUUGGGAUUGCACUCGAACCUGCAUGGCUUGUCCCUUACCUUAUCUCAAGAUUGAACAAGGUCAGGGCCUGCACAAGAUGUGUGCUGACGCUCGCCUCAGUUAA